AUGACCAGAGGGCAGACACGUUCAGUGGAUGCGAACUCCGGGUCACAGGCCGAUAAUGUGACGCAUUCUUCUGGUCACAUCGGUAAUAUUAAUGUGACUUCAGAGUCAGUGGCAGAUGACGGAAGCAGCUCUCCCACAGAACUGAUACGAAAUCAUCUUGGGCUUGAGUCACCAGAAGAAAAAUUGACACAGUCUCUCGGAGAUGUGCCUAAAACAAAUUGGACUGUUUCUUCUUUAGAACCCUUCAGUAGUUCUGCAUCUCUGGAGGAGAAACUUGCAAACUAUACGUUAGGCGCGUCUAAUACAAAUAUUACCGUUCUGUCACAGACUAAAAAUAUGUUCAAUUUGUCGUCAGAAUUCAAUACAACUUUAGAAACAACGAAUGUAUCAAAUUCGACUUCAGAACAGUCACAAACAAAUGUUACGUCUAAUGCACAAACAGAAAAUCUGUUAGCAGAAAAACAAUUUGCAUCAGGGCCCACAAAUAUGUCACAUUCAACAGUGGAAAUAUGGGAACAACAGACAGAUUCGCAGCCACACAGCCAGCAUGGUGGAAAGAAUGAAAGCCAGCAAGCAGUAAUGGUAAACGAAACAAAAGGAAGUUUUGCUUUUGACCAGAAUACUAGCUGCCCAGAUUCGAGCCAGAAUCACAACUUAGAGCCAGAAAAGUCUCUCAACCAUUCUCUGAAUGUGCAGCCCAAAAACCUGUCAUCUUCCCCCAAGACAGAAGAAUCCAUGAAACCACAGGUAGAAGAAGACUACGAUUAUGGGAUUGAUGACUCUUCAUCAAAUCAUUCCAGUGCAGAAGCCAGAGAGCCCGUCUUGGAACCUGGCUGUCCGUCCUGUAGGAUGCGAGCUAUUGACAGACAUUACCGAAUCCUGCAGUUUAAGAACCAGAUUUUGAGCAGCCUCCAGAUCACUAACAUACCCAAUGUGACAGGCGUGCCCAUCCCCAAAGUCCCAGCCCUGACCCAUCUCUACGAGAUGGACGUGGAUCUGAUGAGCGACCCACCAAACGGCAGGAGAAACCAACGGAAGAAUGACCAGGAGUAUGAUGAUGAUUUUGUUGUUAAAACGGAGCGCAUUUUUAUUGGCGCUAAAGAAGCUCCGAUGGCACUACAUCUGAAUCUCACAAACACAGUCUACUUCCCGCCAGCUGUUCACUUGUUUACCUCGGAGAUCAAAUCUGCCUAUCUGUGGUUCUACAUCCGCAAACAUCCUGACCCCCCUGUCUCCGUGUCCAUUGAGUUGAUCGUCCCACAAGCUAAAUCUGAAAAGACGUUUGGCACCAAGAAAUUGUUGUCUGUGAAAUUGGCCAGACAAAAAGCGCACGGCUGGAAAAGAAUUGAUCUAACCAGCACACUAAGCCAGUGGAUCAAACAUCCGAUGACCAACUUUGGCUUGAUUCUCAGAGCUGAGGAUAAAUCUGGAAAUAACUUAAUUGUUCUACCCCAUCCUCCUGAUGUCGACAAAGGAUACGAGCCAUGUCUGGACACUAAAGUUAUCGAGUCCCGCCACAACAGUCGACGACGACGCAGCGAAUCCUUGAUGUGCGUUGAGAACUCCACAGAUACCAGAUGCUGUAGGCACCCACUCAUCGUUGGGUUCGCGGAGUUCGGCUGGGACUGGAUCAUAGCGCCGACCCACGUCAACGCCGACUACUGCACGGGAGAGUGUCGCAUGACCAUGCAGGACAACACGCCUUACAGCUGGGUCAACCAGCAAGUUCCGGGCACUAACUCUUGCUGCACACCCACCAAGUUAUCCCCACUGCCUCUGAUGUACUUCGAUGAAAACAUGCAUAUAGUCUAUCAAAUUCUACAGAACAUGAAAGUCGAUAAGUGCGGGUGUGCAUAG